CAGAGACAGAUCUGCGGUGGUGAAUGUACCCAGAGAGAAACACAGCAGCAGAUCCACUGGUGCCCAUCUACUUUGGUUGUAACUUCUUUGUACCAUCAGAUCUGUCCAUAGCUUGAGCAUCAGACAAUGGUGCCAUGGCUGCUUCUCCUUCUACCGGCCUUCAUCCAAAAUCUGAAUCUGGAUAAGAAGCCUCAAACCCUCUCUGGACCUCCUGGAAGCCACUUUGGAUUUUCCAUGGACUUUUACAAUACUGCUGACCAAGGGAUGAGCAUCGUGGUGGGUGCUCCAAGAAUGCAGACAUCCCAGAGAAACGUCACAAUGGGUGGCGGUGUCUUCCUAUGUCCAUGGAAGCCUAAGGGCAGUAGCUGUGUCAACAUAAAAUUUGACAGUACAGGUGAUCGAAGUAUUCCGUUUGCUGGAUACACCAUGAAGAUCUUCAAGUCCAACCAAUGGUUUGGGGCAACAGUCAGAACCUGGAACACAGCCAUUGUGGCCUGUGCACCCUUUCAGCAGUGGAAUGUCAUGAAACUGGGCAGUGAGUCUGGUACGACUCCCACUGGGACAUGUUACAUAACUAACAACCUGGAGGACAUCUAUGAAUUUGCCCCCUGCAGGGAGAGCAAAAUGGAGCGUCAUUAUGAGGCAGACAGAAGAUUUUGUGAGCUGGGCUUCAGCACUGACAUAAAUAAGGACGGUACUUUGUUAGCUGGAGCACCCUGGGGUUAUUUUCAAGGCCUGUACGUCACAGCAGGACUCCCCAAUAUUCUAGCAAGACCCGCUUCAUCAUCUCUCCUUCAGUCGUACCCUGGCCAGCAGAUCUCCCCGUAUAUUGGAUCCUCCUUUGACUCAUACAAAGGUUUCUCCGUGGCCUAUGGAGAGUUUACAGGUGAUAAUACCCCAGAGAUUGUUGUCGGCAGCCCAAAAUACCAAGAUAGGGGACUUGUUGACAUUUAUACUGUUUCUAAUCCGUGGAAAACUUUUAUCAGCUUCCUAGGAAAACAGGUCGCCUCCUACUUUGGUCACUCUGUUGCCGUUACUGAUGUCAACAACGAUGGGAGGGAUGAUGUUUUGGUGGGAGCCCCUCUCUUCAUGGAACGGCGGACUCGCGGGAAGCUUCAGGAGUUUGGACAGGUCUACGUGUAUCUACAGAGGGAAAACCGAAAAUUCAGCUUUAACCACCCCGUCCUUACUGGGUCCCAAGUCUAUGGCCGUUUUGGAUCUUCCAUUGCUCCUCUGGGGGACAUUGAUCAGGAUGGGUUCAAUGAUGUGGCUGUGGGUGCUCCAUUCGGAGGAGAAUCUGGAGGAGGCUGUGUGUUUAUUUAUCGAGGGUCCCCAGCUGGUCUGUCCCCCCAACCUUCACAGAUAUUGGAGAGCCCUCUACCUCCCCCAGCCCAAUUUGGUUUUGCACUGAGAGGAGGGAUGGAUAUUGACAACAAUGGGUACCCAGAUCUGCUGGUCGGCGCAUUUCAUGCAGACAAAGUCUUUAUAUUCAGGACCCAGCCUGUUGUUGUUCUCCAGGCCUCAUUGUUCUUCAACCCUGAAGCUCUGAACCCAGAUGAAAAACUCUGCAACUUUCCCCAGAGUGGCCCUGCUGUCAGUUGUUUCACAAUCCGCGUCUGUGCUCAAGCGUCAGGCCGUAGCCUUCCGAAGAAAAUCAGUCUCUCAGCUGAGCUCCAACUGGAUCGUCUGAAGAGCAGAUUUGCCCGAAGAACUUUCUUCCUAGAUUCCUCGCAGCCAAGUAAAACCAUAGAUAUGGAACUUCAAAGCAACUCAGCUCAGCUCUGCCAGAACCUCACAGCCUACUUGCGAGGAGAAUCUGAGUUCAAGGAUAAACUGAGUCCUAUAGCCAUGAGUGUAAACUUCAGCCUGGUGAGAGCACAGUCCAUGGACACAGUCCAGCCCACCCUGCAUGGGACCACUUUCCUACAGGAGCAGACUAAUAUACUGCUGGACUGCGGUGAUGACAAUGUCUGUAUUCCGAACCUGCAUCUAACUGCCAACUGGUCUGCAGAUCCUCUGCUCAUCGGGAUAGAUAACCUGGUACAUGUCCAGUUCAAUGCCGCCAAUUCGGGAGAAGGAGCCUAUGAGGCGGAGCUCUACGUCUGGCUGCCAAACGGGGCACAUUACAUGCAAGUUUUGGGGGAGGCAGAGGAGAAGAUUCUGUGUUCCCCCAAAAAAGGCAACGAAUCGGAAAUUGUGGUGUGUGAGCUGGGGAACCCAAUGAAAAAUGGAGCGGAGAUCCAUGCAGACCUGCAGCUGAGCUUCAGUAACCUGGAGGAUUCUGGGAGCACCGUCACCUUCCAGAUGCAAAUAAAGAGCCGUAACACAGUUAAUUCAGCCAGCUCGUUGUUUUUGGUGACAAUGGCAGUGAAGGUGACGGCAUCCUUAGAACUUCGAGGGAGUUCUCACCCUGCCGAGGUCAUUCUCCCAUUGCCCAACUGGGAACCAAGAGAGGAAUGGAGAAAGGCCCAAGACUAUGGGGAGGAGGUGACACAUGUCUAUGAGCUGCACAAUUCAGGCCCAGGCUCAGUCCAUGUCCAGCUGCUUCUACAGAGCCCAGAAAUGUAUCACGGUGACUACUUCCUGUAUCCUCUGCGUUUGGAGGUCGAUGACGGGAUGACCUGCGAUAACCAAUCAGCACUCAACCCUUUAAAGCUGGACAUUCUCACCUCUACUGAAGAACCCGCCAACUACAGCAGCAGAAGCGGGGACCACAGGCUGGAAAGAAGGGAUCUCAGGAGAUGGGGUGCUGAUGAGGGGAUGCAAGAAGAUGGGGUGAACAUCACCAAGAAAGAUGAAAAGCCUCCUCGCAAUCAUACAGUGCUGCUGAACUGCAGCAGCUUUCCGUGUUGGGAGGUGCAAUGUUCAGUGCAGAAUCUGGAGAGAGGGGGGAGAGCUACAGUGAAACUUCACUCCAUUCUUUGGGUGCCCAGCUUCUUAAAGAGGCAACAGCAGCAGUUCAUCCUCCUUUCUCAAGGUUCCUUCUGGGUAACCUCGGUUCCUUACAAGAUCCAGCCGGCUGUUCUGUUAUAUGGGAACGCUACAGCUAACACCACUGUCCUGUGGGUGAGUCCAGAUGGCCAGAAGGAGAUCCCACUGUGGUGGAUAAUUGUGGGGGCCCUCGGGGGGCUUCUUCUCCUGGCACUUUUUGUGUUUGUCAUGUGGAAGCUUGGGUUCUUCCGUCGGACAAGACCUCCCUCUGAUGACCAGGAGGAUUUAACUAGCGACUAAAUGGACAGACAUCUGUUACCCUAUGAAAGUUUUUUAGUUUUACUUUUCAGCAUCUUAGAUUUACAGUUUAGGGUUCAACCCCCCUCUCCCCUCCCGAAGGAAAGUAUUAGGCCAAUGCAGAGGUAGUUUGUACAAUGGCACAGUAAAUUGGAAUGCUCAGGCUACACAUCUGUAAUCGCUGCCUAGACUUUCCAGUUACUUGGGGCUCUCCAGAUUUUACUAAACUAUUGGGGGGCACAAUUCUUAAAGGGAUACUGUCAUGGGAAAACAUGUUUUUUAUCAAAACGCAUCAGUUAAUAGUGCUGCUCCAGCAGAAUUCUGCACUGAAAUCAGUUUCUCAAAAGAGCAAACAGAUUCUUUUUUAUAUUUAAUUUUGAAAUCUGGGGUUAGACAUAUUGUCAGUUUCCCAGCUGCCCCCAGUCAUGUGACUUGUGCUCUGAUAAACUUCAAUCACUCUUUACUGCUGUACUGCAAGUUAGAGUGAUAUCACCCCCUCCCUUUCCCCCAGCAGCCUAACAAAAGAACAAUGGGAAGGUAACCAGAUAGCAGCUCCCUAACACAAGAUAACAGCUGCCUGGUAGAUCUAAGAACAACACUCAAUAGUAAAAUCCAAGUCCCACUGAGACACAUUCAGUUACAUUAAGAAGAAGAAAUAACAGCCUGCCAGAAAGCAUUUCUCUCCUAAAGUGCAGGCACAAGUCACAUAACUGGGGCAGCUGGGACACUGACAAUAUGUCUAGCCCCAUGUCAGAUCUCAAAUUUGAAUAUAAAAAAAUCUCUUUUGAGAAUUGGAUUUCAGUGCAGAAUUGUGCUGAAGCAGCACUAUUAACUGAUGCGUUUUGAAAAGAAACAUGUUUCCCCAUGACAGUAUCCCUUUAAGCUUUCCAAGAAAGAAGGACCUCAGUUGGGACUUGCCAUUACUUGUCUGUCAACAGACCCCACAUUUGCCAGCAGGUGAACCCAACCCUAAAACUGAGUCCACCCAUUAGUUCUGUGUUAAUUUUUUCCUAUUAUUAAACAAAUGAAAACAAUUCAUA